ACAGUGAAGUAGGGUUACACUGGUAAUGUAUAUACAGUGAAAUGCCAGUUUUACCCUAAUAUGGGUUCGAAUCUUUAUAUAUUUUGACCGGCAAAGCUUUUAGUCUGUGGCAGGGAAGCACCAGGCCAGUGCAAGUAGUAGCUGCUAGCAGCUUUAUAAUAAGGUGUGUAGUUCAAUGGCUUCGACAAUGGUGUCUGAAAAUUGGUGUCUUAAGGCAGCAUUAAUACUAUUACUGGUAUCAUUCAGCACAGCAGAUCACUCAAGAUUAUUUGAGAGUACUGAGGAAAACAUUAGAAAGGGCGUCUUCUUUUCUCCCGAAAUGGAACUUGGACCAGGAGAUGUGGCGUUUAAGUACUAUUACGACACUGAUUUUCCCAGAAAUCACAUUGCUCUCAAGAGUUUCAAUGCAGAGGUGGUCGAUGAGCUCGGGAAAUCAGUCCCAUUGCACGAUGUUUACCUUCACCACACCUACGUUCUAAGUUAUUACCAACGUAAAGGCUCGUAUAUACCAGAUGUUCUCGAAACAGAGAUUCUACCAUCAGAACCAGAUUUCCUGUACAAGAGGAAUGAUGGGGUUUGUCAAGAUAGCGUUUUUGGACAGUUCAUUGGACUUGCUUCUGAAAUGAGAGGAACACCCACAAACAUUCCUGAUCCAUACGGGAUUGAACUCAAUAACCCAGCUGAAGUUCCUGAUGGUUAUGAACAGAAAUGGUUUCUCAAUGCCCACAUAAUCGAUACGCGCGGCGGGGUUGAUAAGGUGGGAUGUACAGAGUGCAGGUGUGAUUUGUAUAAUGUUACUAGUGAUCAGUUUGGGGAGCCGUUGAGUCCGGAUUAUUAUGGAGGGCUCAAGUGUUGCUAUGCUCAUACAAGAUGCAAGGUGAAGGAAGGAUUUGAGGCACCGAGGAGGGCUUAUCGAAUGAAGUAUACUUUGACAUGGGCAGACUGGGAUAGCUCUAUCGUCCCUGCUAGAAUCUAUUUGUUGGAUAUCACUGAUACUAUGAAGAUUGUUAGGGAUUCGAAUGGAGUAGUUCAGACACUGCAUGAUUGCCUGGUUGAGUACACUUCGGAGGCUUGUGAGGAAAAGGAUUUGACGUACGGUGUGUGCCUUGCCACCAAGAGAACAAGAAUCAUGCUCCCAAAGGGUGGAUAUCUCAUCAGUGGUCUAACCCACAUGCACAUUGGGUCAAUUAGUCAAACUCUGUACGGGGAGGAUGGACGUGUUAUAUGCCAAACGUUGCCGAUCUAUGGAGAUGGGAAGGAAGCAGGAAAUGAGGCUGGUUAUGUUGUGGGUACAACCCCUUGUUAUCCUAAGCCAGGCUCUGUAGUGAUUAAGGAAGGAGAGUUUAUAACGCAUGAAAUGGUUUAUUCUGGAGCUCGAAGGCUCACCGGAACCAUGGGGCUGUUCAACAUUAUUGUUGCAGAUCUUGAAGAAGCAGAGCACGAGCCUAACCCACGUUACCCGACUCAGGUGAUUCUUGAGCACAUGAACAAUUUGGUAAACUCUGGUUCACCGGUGAUUGGAUUGUUGGGAAUGGUGGUGGCUUUGUUGGCAGUGGCUGUUGCUGUUCUUGUUGGUGUUCUGUAUAGGAUGAAGAGUGCAAGCCGUGAUGGUUACCAGUCACUGUGACGUUGAUCAUUUGAAUGAAUUGGUUCUCCAUAUCUAUAUCUAUAUCUAUAUAUAUAUAUAUAUUUGUUUAUUGUAUGUCUAAUUAAAGCGAGUAUAGGGUAGGGAGGGGGUUUGGGGUUGGAGGUGCCGAAUAUUGUUCUGAUGUAGUAUUCAAUAAAAGAAGUUUGUUGUGGUGUGGGUAAUUUUCGUUUGAUUUUCUAUUGAAAAUCUAGAUUAUAAAACAAAAGGAAUUGAGAAGAAA